AUGUCGAAUAACACCAUGUCCAACAAUCCUUUAAUUUAUGGAGUUGAAUUUCAGGCCAGAUCAUUGUGUUCUCUGCACGCUGAUAACGAUCAAGACUGUUUCUUAAUCGGAACUCAGUCAUUAAUCACGUCUAACAAUCAAGUCCACCUCGUUAAACUACAGGAAGAAACCAAUACACUUUGUCCUCAAAUAUAUGAGCAUAGCAGUGGUGAAAUAUGGUCAUUAUCGUCUUCUCCUACAGACAAAUGUUUGAUAUCUACUUGUUAUGCUAGUAUAGAACGAGAUUGUGAGAAGUGUACAGCUUUAUGGCGACUGCCAGAAGAAGACGGUCAUUUAGAAAAUGUCAUCACUUUUCCUUCAGAAAAGUAUGGUACUGAUGUUAAGGUGACCACAUUUCAUCCUACAAAUGAUGCAUACAUGUGUUCUGUUAUCGAUAAUAAUAUAGUGAUGUGGGAUGUAGGUGAAAGUGGGGUAAAAAUUGUAUGUACUGCAGUAUUGGAUGGUAAAGGUCAACCAAGAUUUACUACUGGAAAAUGGAAUCCACAAAGUGCUAAUUUACAGUUUGUAACUGCUGAUGAUUGUAAUAUAAAAGCGUGGGAUUUAAGAACCCAGACAAAAAUUGCAUGGAGUCUAGAUGGCGUUCAUUCUCAAAUUAUUAGAGAUUUUGAUUUUAAUCCAAAUCGUCAAUAUUAUAUGGCAACAUGCGGUGAUGAUGGAUAUUCUAAGUUCUGGGAUAUACGUAAUCCCAAACAACCACUAGUAUCCCGUGCUGAUCAUUCUCAUUGGAUUUGGUCUAUUAGAUAUAAUCCAGUACAUGAUGAAUUAGUUGGAACAGCUUCAAGUGAUGGUCAAGUCCUUAUUACAUGUUUACCAGGAAUUUCGUCAUCAGCUGUUGAAAACGAAGAUAUAAAAACUAAAAAUUUCAUAGAAGAUAAAAUAGUAGCAACGUGUGAUCAACACGAAGAUUCUGUGUAUUGUGUUGAAUGGUCCUCAGCAGAUUCAUGGAUAUUAGCUUCUUUAAGUUAUGAUGGUCGCUUAUUGCUUAAUAAAGUACCAAAAGAUGAACAGCUUAGAAUUCUAUUGUGAAGGAAACAUUUUGCAUUACUGUUUUGUUUAAUCAUAAAUUGUAUAGAAGGAUAAUUUAUUGUAAAUAAACAUUCUAUUGUUUUUCACAAAAAUAAUAAAUACCAUCAGAGUUAAAUGGUGUCUAUGCAUUUUAAUUACAAUUAUAUUUAGAUGUACAUAGUA